AUGGCCGAAUCUUUCUUGUUCAAUAUCAUUGAAAGAGUUUUGGCUAAAGUUUCUUCAGUUGCUGUAUAUGAGAUCAAUUUAGCUUGGAAUGUUAAGAAAGAGCUAAGAAAACUCCAAAGCACUCUAUCCACCAUCAAAGCUGUACUUCUAGAUGCAAAUGAGCAGCAGACAGAGAACCAUGAAGUGAGAGAUUGGCUGGAAAAGCUCAGAGACGUUGUUUAUGAUGUCGAUGAUUUGCUGGAUGAUUUGGCAACACAGCUGUUACUGCAAAUCCAUUUCCAGAAAAGCUUUAGGAAGAAGGUAAGAAAAUUCUUUUCAAGUUCAAAUCCAAUUUUAUAUCGAUUCAAAAUUGGCAGAAAGGUGAAGGAGAUUAGGGAACUACUGAAUGAGAUUGCAGAUGAUAGGAAAAGUUUCCACUUCACUGAACGUACUUGUCUAAAUCCAGUUGAGAAUACUAGUAGAGAACAAACACACUCCUUUGUGAGGGCCUCAGAUAUCAUUGGUAGAGAUGUUGAUCAAGAAAACAUUGUAAAACAGCUGAUGGAUUCUUGUGAUGAGGAAAAUAUUUCUGUGAUUCCUAUUGUAGGACUUGGAGGGCUUGGGAAAACCACACUUGUUAAGUUGGUCUAUAACAAUAAUAGGGUAGUUCAGAAUUUUGACCUCAGAAUGUGGGUUAGUAUUUCGGAAGAUUUUAUUCUGAGCAAGGUAAUUGAGAAAAUUCUGAGGUCGGCAACUGGAAAGAGUUUUGGCCACCUAGAUAUGGACCAAUUACAAAGUUGUCUGGGCGAGGUUUUGCAAUUGAAAAGGUAUUUACUUGUGCUGGAUGAUGUGUGGAAUGAAGAUCAAAACAAGUGGACGGAUCUGAGGGAGUUGCUAAUGAAUUGUUCUAGAGGUAGUAAAAUUGUAGUCACUACACGCAGUAAGACGGUUGCUUUGAUUACUGGAACAGUUCCGCCUUACUAUUUGAGAGGACUCGCUAAUGAUGACUGCUUAGCUUUAUUUUUGCAAUGUGCAUUUGGUGGGCAGGACACUUUGUUUCCUAAUCUAGUGGAAAUAGGAAAAGAAAUCGUGAAAAAGUGUGGAGGAGUGCCUUUGGCUGUGAAAACCUUAGGAAGGUUAUUGUAUAUGAAAACAGACGAGAAGGAAUGGCUGCGGAUAAGAGAUAAUGAGAUAUGGGAGAUCGAACAGAAAAAAUCAGACAUUUUACCAAUACUGAGAUUGAGCUAUGAACAGAUGCCAUCACAUCUAAGACAGUGUUUUGCCUAUUGCUCCAUGUUAUCCAAAGGUCAAGAGAUUCCAAGGGAGGACUUUGUCAACCGCUGGAUUGCUCAAGGAUUUAUACAGAGUUCAAACAGAAACAGGAAGUUGGAAGAUAUCGGUAAUCAGUAUUUCGAUGAGUUACUAUCAAGGUUUUGCUUCCUAGAUGUGGUACAAGCUUUUGAUGGAGAAAUAUUGGCUUGUAAGAUACACAAUCUCGUGCAUGAUCUUGCACAGUCAGUGGCAGGUGCAGAAUGCUUAAAUGUGAAACACAAUGCUUUUGUGGUUUCUGAAAGAGUUCGCCACUUAUUUUUCCAUGCAGAAGAUAUGUCUACGGAACACUUCCCAAGAUUUUUGCUACCUUUGCGAAAGUUGAGAUCUUUCUCUUAUUCCUUUAACGUUGGGCCUGUAAACAAGUUCUUUGUCAAGACGAUGUUGUCAAAUUUCAAAUGCCUUCGGGUGUUAGCCUUGAACAAUCUAGACCUUGAGGCGUUGCCAUCUUCGAUAGGUCACUUGAAGGAAUUAAGAUACCUUAACCUUAGUGACAAUGGUAACAUCAAGUUUCUUCCGAGUUCUAUGAGCAAAUUAGUAAAUCUUCAGACUCUUAACCUCAUUAACUGUGAACAGCUUAAGGAGUUACCAAGAGACUUUGCAAAGUUAAUCAGCCUGAAGACCUUGUAUUUGACUACAUAUCAGAUAUCAGCAGGGAUCAACAAUCAAGAUUCUUUCACUUCUCUUCAAUUUCUGCUUCUAUUCAAAUGUUGUUUCCCAAAAUUGAAGCCAGAACUGGUGCAACAUUUCACUGCACUUCGAGUUCUGCGUAUCUAUGAGUGCCCAAGUUUAUGUGCUCUUCCCAGCAGUAUUAGAUAUCUCACUUCACUUGAAAAGCUAUGGAUCUGGAACUGUGAAGAACUUGAAUUGAUGGAUGGAGAGGGAAUGUCAGGCCUAACGAGUCUUCGAUCUUUGCUUCUAAUGGGGCUACCCAAGUUGGUUACUCUACCAUUGGAACUCAAAGAUACUGCUCCUGCAACAUUGAAGUACUUCAGAAUAGCCGAUUGUCCCAAUCUGGUGGUGCUUCCAGAGUGGCUGCAGAAUUGCUCUUCACUUCAGAGGCUGUAUAUAGAAGAUUGCCCUGUGUUGGCUUCAAUACCUCAAGGAAUCUACAACCAUAAUGUUGAUGUCCAUAUAAUUGACUGCCCAUUGUUAAGUGGAGGAUGCUAA